CUGACGAUCAUAGAAUUUAUCAAAAACGCCAUCAUUGGAUAUUCCAAAACGAUCAAAUCUCCCGAUGAGCAAUCCCUCAUCCAUCAUUUUCUCCGAUUCUUCGACGAAGAGAUCCAAAAGAUUAUUCAGAAUAAUGUUCAUGCCGCUGGAGAUGAUGCAUUAUCAUGGAAAGUGGCAGAUGAAUGCUACAAAGAAGCCAUCAGCCCUUCGGGUAUUCUCAACGCUGAUCGCUAUUUCAACGAUGUCAAGAAUUCCCUACCAAGACGGCGUGCUGAUUCUGUUUCUGGAAACCAAGACCAUGUUUUCAAUGAUAAAAGAAAACGAGAAUGGAUAGAUUCUUGGGUCACAAUCCUGAACCGCGCACCUAGUGGACUUACACUGUUCUAUCCUCGAACGAGUAACGAUAUCGAUCUCACCAACCCAAAAACUAUCCCGCCGUACCUGUUUCGAGUUUUUGACAUGAAAAGCUCUGGAAACAACGAUGAAGAAGUCAUGGCAUCUUCCAGACAUGCCUCUCAAGUCCGAACAAGUGGCGUCAAUGACUUACUGGGUAUGGAGGACGUGAAGGCGACAAGAUUGCUGUCUUACCAUAUUGGUCAUAAGUGGCGUCGCAAGUAUGACGACCAAGAUAACUUGGUGUCUUGGACUAGCUCACUGCUUUAUGCUGUCCAAUAUGCAACAUAUAGAAAACAUCACCCAAGACUCAAAAAUGCCGACAUCAAUAUAUGUAUGGUACAAACCAGCCAGUUUCCCCAAGGACAGUUUGUCCGGGACAUAAAGCUGCUCAAUAAAUACCUUGCCAUUGCCAGCGAUUUGGGAGGAAAAGUAUGGUCCAUUUUCGAUCUGCGUCUGUCUAAGCCAGAAUUCUACAAUGGUGAGUACUUCUCGCAGGGAGUAUUGAACCAUGCAGGUCGAUCGUGUGUGGUUUCUCUGGAGCAACUGGAAGAUGCCGGUAUCUUCAAAUUGUAUCCGGCAUUGGAGGAUCCUAGCGAUGACGAUGGUGUUGUUCGAAACGCAUUAAAAGUACUCGAUCUACGUCAAGAGUGGUCUGAUGAGCAGACAACAACCGAAAAUGACGUCCCAUAUGCGCUUUCCAUCGCACGGAAGUGCUUCCCUGGUUUUAACGAAUACGAUAUAGCUUGCAUUCUAUUAGCUUUCAAGCACCGCGAACUAUCAGGUAAGUAG